AUGGAGCUGGAAGACGUGGAAAUGUACGGCAAUGGCAACUACGCUUAUGACGACAACGGCACUUUCAACAGCACCUUCGAGAACUGCCCCAACAUUAACCUGCCCGUCGUUUACGUGGUCACGCAGAUCCUCUACGCUAUCGUCUGCGUGGUCGGCUUGCUUGGCAACACCCUCGUCAUUUACGUGGUGCUCCGCUAUUCCAAGAUGCAAACCGUCACCAAUAUGUAUAUCGUCAACCUGGCUAUAGCCGACGAAUGUUUCCUUAUUGGAAUACCCUUCCUCAUAAUCACGAUGUCUCGCGGAGCCUGGCCCUUCGGCAGGUUCAUGUGCAAGGCGUACAUGAUAUCAACUGGAAUUAACCAGUUUACCAGCAGCAUCUUCCAUUGUAUCAUGAGUGCAGAUAGAUACAUAGCAGUGUGUCAUCCUAUAGCAGCGCCGCGCUUCCGAACUCCCUUCGUGUCUCGAGUUGUGGCAGCCACGGCUUGGACCGCCUCCGCGCUUGUCAUGACACCUAUAUUUAUGUACACGACCCUCAUACCGACGGAGAACGGAGUCUCAUGUAACAUAGUAUGGCCGGAACGCGAUUUUAACAAAGGAUCCAGAACUUUUACUUUAUAUUCGUUUGCCUUAGGUUUUGCGGCCCCUCUUACCCUUAUUUUUAUAUUUUACUGCCUUGUGAUCCGAAAACUAAAGACAGUUGGACCAAAAAAUAAAUCCAAGGAAAAGAAGAGAUCUCACAGAAAGGUUACUAGACUCGUUCUCACGGUGAUAGCAGUGUACGUGUUGUGUUGGCUUCCGUACUGGACUUUCCAAGUAGCCCUCAUAUAUUCGCCGCCAACGGAAUGUGCCAGUCGGAUCACCAUCACAGUAUUCCUGGUAGCCGCCUGCUUUAGCUAUAGCAACUCUGCAAUGAAUCCGAUUCUCUACGCUUUCUUGAGUGACAAUUUUAAGAAGAGUUUCCUGAAAGCUUGCACCUGCGCCGCCGGUAAGGACGUGAACGCCGCAUUACACGUAGAGAACAGCGUAAUAACGAGAAAAAAAGGUGGUGGAGCAGCACGAGCUCAGUGCCGAGCGGCUGGAGAGAUGAGGCGAGUCGUGAAUGUUGCUGGGUCCCGAUCGGAAGCAUCUACUGCUGUGACGUCACAGUCGAUGGCGGUCGCCGAGCCGUUGCACAUGGACGUGCGGCCUUCUCCACUGACUCCUCUCAUAACGCCCAACGGGCUGACUCACACGCGCCUCUGA